AUGAGACUCUUCGUAUCCGAGAUGAUCACGAUGAUGGCGAUGAUUCUGGCGAUGAUUACUAUUGGCGUCGAUCGCAGGACCCCGGACCACCGCCACCUCGGCCUGAUAACAAUGACAAUGGGCCUCGAAAGCGGUCGCAAGGGCCAGACUCCCCGCCGCCUCGGCCAGAUGGCGGUAACAGUGGUCCAAGGCGACGACAGGGCCCCGGUCCCCCGCCCCCUCGCCCAGAUAAUGGUGAUAGGCCCAGACAGCGGCGGCAAGACCGGCCAACUCGUCCAGAUAAUGGCAACAAUGGACCCCGACCACGACCAAAUGAUCCCAACCCCCCUCAGCCACCUCGUCGGCGAGACAACGGUUUGCACAGUGAAGCAGACACCGCCCAAGGGUCCUGGGGGUUCGCCUGGCCGACCUGACUCUGGUCCUGGGCCUGACCAGCCCGAUAAUGGUCCGAAGCCACUGAGAGCCGUAGACCGCGAGUGA